AUGAUGAGAUCUCUUUCCUUGGUAAGCCUUCUACGUCGAUAUGACAUUCGAUACGAUCCCAAAUCUCACCGACUCCGCUGCCAAGGUCACAUUAUCAACCUUGCCGCCAAAGCUUUCCUCUUCGUUACCGAUAAUGAGAAGCUCAAAGACGACGAACGUGAUGGGCAUAAUGUGACACUAAAAGAGAUCGAGGCGUGGCGGAAAAGGGUCCCCUUGGCAAGCUCCACAACUUCGUGGUUUUCGUCCAAAGUAGUGUUCAGCGUCGCCAAAAGUUUCUGGCCAUCAGCCAUAAUCGCAAGCUUGCGCGAGAUAAUGACACGAGGUGGAGUUCGUGGUACACCAUGCUACGAGCGGCCUUGCAUCUUAGAGGCGCAGUCGAGGGAUAUUUCAACAAAUGGGUGGAAGGAGAUUGUGCCGGAGACGAGCUCUCCCGAGGAGUGGGUCAUCCUCGAGAAGAUCAAGUCUUUCUUGGAGAAGCUUAAAAUGACGACAAAGGCCCUUGAGUCAUCGUUUGCAACUCUUGACAAUGUUCUCUUGGCUAUGGACUUCGUAUUGGCGCAAUUCGAAGCAGGAAAAGAGGCACAUAUCGACGAUCCGAUUAUGGCACCAAUGUAUAACUCGGGCUGGGCGAAGAUGGAUAAGUACUAUUGUCUUACUGACGAAUCGCCUGCCUACGUCGCUGCGAUUGUGCUUCACCCUUCGCAUAAAUGGCACUACAUACACGAAAACUGGAAGAAGGAGGGCUGA